AUGAUCCCAUACACCGCCGGCCCCGUCGUCACAGCCAUCGGCCUCGCCGGCCUCCUCUACUCCGAGUGGGUGGGCAGUUACCUCGGCGUAUGGAUAUUCAAGCCCCUCGCCAGCGCGGGCUUUCUCCUGACUGCCAGUCCAGCGCUGGCCCCAUCCAAGCCUCACACUCCCUCCCCCUCCCCCGAUCCCUCCUCUAAACCCGACUCGUUCUCAGCUCCACCUCCCUCCCCACGCAGUGUAUUCAACCGCUCAAUCUUCGGCUCCCUCAUCUUCUGCGCCCUCGGAGACGUCCUCCUCAUCCCAUCCCGCCACUCGGAACUGUUCUUCCAAGCAGGUCUCUUCGCCUUCCUCCUCGGCCACAUAGGUUUCGGUGCAUCCUUCAUCCAACGCGACCUGUCUCCCAAAGCCACGCUCCUCUCUGGAGCCGCCCAAACAAUCUUCGCGAGCAUAGUCUGGCGCUGGCUCUCCCCCGCCCUCCCAACUGCCGACCGGAUCCCCGUCGCCCUGUACACGGUCGUGUUGGCCUCUAUGGGCGCCCUCGCUAUCGGCGGCGCAGGUGGAUGGGGCAAGAGCAACGGAAACAAGCGGUGGAUCCAGAUCGCUGGUGCCGUCUUGUUCGAACUCUCAGACUUGUGUGUCGCCCGGCAGCAGUUUGUUGCGCAGAGCUUUGGGAAUCCAGCAAUCGGGCUGCCGCUUUAUUACCUCUCUACGACGUUGCUCGCUACGCUGGUGUGGCCGUACAAAGCGACCUCGCAUACAAAAGCCAUCUCCUAG